UGUUUGAACUAGUGGAAAAACGUCUCCGUUUUGGCGGUUUUAGUUGGGAGUUUAUUCGUUACGUUUUUUUAGUACAUUCUUCUAGAGUUUAUCGCUGGUCAUUUUUGUUUGCUGGAAAUCAACCCUUCAUUCAUUGUCUUAGCUCUUUCUCAAUGCAUGCAGGUUUUCUGAGUUUUCUUUUCUUUUCUUUUCUUUUUGGGAGGUUUUAGAAGAUGGGGUUUCUGAGCAGUUUACUGGGAAUCUUUGGCUUUGGAAUUGGAAUCCCUCUUGGACUCUUGGUGGGGUUUUUCCUUUUUAUUUAUUCGAAGCCCAAAGAAGUUGAGGAUCCGGUAAGCAGGCCACUUUAUGAGUUAGAUGAACUUUCCUUGCAAGAUCUUCUUCCAGAAAUUCCAUUGUGGGUGAAGAACCCUAAUUAUCAUAGCGUAGACUGGUUGAAUAAAUUUAUCUCAGAUUUAUGGCCUUACCUUGAUAAGGAAAUUGGAGGUAUGAUAAGGAGUGUGGCUCAACCUAUAUUUUCAGAGUACAUUGGGAAGUUUCAGAUUGAAUCAAUUGAGUUUGAGAAAAUAAAUCUGGGAACUCUUCCUCCUAUUUUUUAUGGUCUUCAAGUCUAUGAGACUAAUGAGAAGGAAUUAAUCCUAGAACCAUCAAUUAAAUGGGCUGGCAAUCCCAACAUAAUUUUGGUGGUAAAAGUUCUGUCUGUACCUAUUACAAUUCAGUUAGUAGAUCUACAAGUAUUUUUAGCACCAAGGAUAGCUUUGAAACCUCUUGUGCCUGCCUUUCCAUGUUUUGCAAACAUUGUGGUGUCUUUGAUGGAGAAGCCUCAUGUUGAUUUUGGAAUGAAAAUAUUGGGAGGUGACAUCAUGUCUAUACCCGGCCUCUAUCAUUUUGUUCAGGAGACUAUUAAGAAGCAAGUUGCAAGCCUCUAUCUCUGGCCCCAAACUCUUGAAAUACCUGUUCUUGACAUUUCGACAGUGGCCGUAAAGAAGCCGGUGGGAAUAUUACAUGUGAAUGUUGUUCGCGCAACUAAACUCUUGAGGAAGGAUAUCUUAGGAUCAUCUGAUCCUUAUGUCAAGCUCAGCCUGACUGGAGAUGGGCUACCAGCAAAGAAAACGACUAUCAAGAUGAAAAACUUGAACCCUGAGUGGAAUGAGAAGUUUAAGCUUAUUGUAAAGGAUCCCAAGUCCCAAGUUCUUCAGUUACAAGUCUAUGACUGGGACAAGGUUGGGGGGCAUGAUAGGAUAGGAAUGCAGCUAGUUCCUCUCAAACAGCUAACACCCCAUGAGAUGAAGGAAUUUAAGCUCGAUUUGCUCAAGGACACAAAUAUUACUGAUUCUCAUAGCAAGAAGCAAAGAGGGCAGCUUGUGGUUGAGCUAACUUUUGUGCCUUUCAAAGAAGACACAAGCAAAUAUAGUGGAAAAUUCAGUGGACCUAUUGAAGCUUAUAGGAGACACGAAAGCGAAAUUGAUAUGUCAAUGUCAUCAGAUGAGGGUACCCUAGGUGGAUCAGGUGUACUAUCAGUUAUGAUCCAAGGAGCCGAGGAUGUCGAGGGGAAGUGUCACAAUAAUCCUUAUGCUCUCCUCCUCUUUAGAGGAGAAAAGAAGAAAACGCAUAUGCUUAGGAAAACUCGUGAUCCGCGCUGGAACGAGGAAUUUCAGUUCAUGCUGGAUGAGCCUCCUUUGGACCAGAAAGUUCACAUUGAGGUUCUGAGCAAGAGGACAGGCCUUAGUUUCCGGUUGAAGGAAUCGUUGGGACAUGUGGAAAUUAAUCUUAGAGACGUUGUGCACAACGGCCGGAUCAACCAGAAAUACCACCUAAUCAAUUCAAAGAAUGGGAUGAUACAUGUUGAGAUUAGCUGGAAGAUGAUUUGAGGCAUAUGGAACCUGGAAAGCUAGGGAGUGAUCUUGACUCUGUGAAAGAAAGCACACAAACCCUUCAGGCCAUGUACGUGAGUCAAUCUUAGUCUGGGAAGAUUAUUAUUGGGCUAAAUUUAUUAGAGAGGUAAAAUAUCAGGUCAUGUUCAACACCGAAAGAUUAUAUACUUACAUAUUUUGUUUAAUGAACUUCAUGUUUGGAUGCAGAACUUAGAAACAGAGAGGAGAGGUGGAUUUGUUUGCUGAUACUAACGCUGAAGCUGUGAAUUAAGAGCAGUGUCGCAUACAAAAAUGUAUUACAAAUCUUUUUUUUUCUUUGGGUGCUAUUUGUAUAAAAUAAUGUAACAACUUCUGUUUUUUUGUUUUUGUUUUUGGUUUUACUAAAAAUCAUUAGUGCAAUACUAUUCAGAUUUCAGAAGGAUGGAACCUUGGCCCAUCACUAGCAACAUCGAUAUUGUCUCCAACUUAACCACCUGUUUAGGGUGUGUGGAGUUUAUACAAAAGACCGCAAUAUUAUUAGGAGUGGAGCCAUUCAUUAUAUGAGACUUUCUAUUUUGUUAAAUUUUCAAUGUGGGACUGUGUGUAUUCUUCAACAAAUACAAGUGUUUUCUUUGUUGUAACUAGAAAUCCACACAAAUAAUGCACAUCAUAUC